CUCGAGGAGCGAAGGAGAGCAAUAUGGAGGAAAUCUCAGAGAUGGAAGCCGAAUCGCAAGUGUACAUGGCAUGCAUCAUGCAAGGUCAUAGAAUUGGAAUGGCAUAUUAUGAUUCUAGUGCCUGUCAACUGUUUGUUAUGGAAGCUUGGGAAGAUGGACAUGGCGACUUUCCUUUAGUUGAUCUUGUGAAAUAUCAAGUGAAACCCUCAAUCAUAUAUGCAAGCACUAAAACUGAAGAAUCUCUGCUGUCUGCUUUACAACGAGGAGGUGGAAGGGAUACAACUGAAGUGAAACUCAUGCGAAGCUCAAUAUUUAGCUAUGAACAAGCAUGGCAUAGGUUGUUAUAUCUAAGAAUUGCAGGGAUGGAUGAUGGACUGAAUGUCAGGGAGAGAAUUUGCUUUCUUAACUCUAUGAUGGAUUUAGGAAGUGAGGUCCAAGUUCGUGCUGGUGGGGGGCUUCUUGCUAUCCUAGAGAACGAGAGGCUUGUCGAUACUUUUGAACAAAAGGAAUGUGGUAACACAUCAAUCACCAUUGAACGUGUUACACAAAUCUCACUAGACAAAUUUCUUAAGCUUGAUGCCGCUGCGCACGAGGCCUUGCAGAUAUUCCAGAUUGACAAGCACCCAAGUCAUAUGGGAAUUGGCCGGGCGAAGGAAGGGUUCUCAGUUUUUGGGAUGUUCAGCAAGUGCGUCACACCAAUGGGAAGGCGGCUCCUGAAGUUGUGGUUCUUGCGCCCCAUUCUUGAUGUUGCCAUUUUAAAUUAUCGCCUCAAUAUGAUAUCUUUCUUCCUUUGUUGUGAAGAAGUGAUGUCUGCUUUACGUGAAACUUUGAAGUCUGUACGGGAUGUUCCACACAUGCUUAAGAAAUUCAACUCCCCAAGUGCUAUAUGCACAAGUGGUGAUUGGAGUUCAUUUCUGAAGAGCAUAUGUUCUCUAUUGCACAUUAACAAGAUCUUUGAAGUAGGAAUUUCUGAGUACCUGCAGGAACGAUUGGACUAUUUGAACUUAGAUAUUGUUGAGAAGGCUAAUAUAUGCAUUUCAAUGGAUCUGGUUUUUGUCUUUGACCUGGUCACAGGUGUGAUUGACAUUCAGCGGAACAAGGAUAAAGGAUAUGAGACAUUGGUUAAACAUGGCUUCUGCGAUGAGUUGGAUGAGCUGAGAAUAAUAUAUGAGGAAUUGCCAGAUUUUCUAGAACAGGUGUCAUCUGUUGAAAAUGCAUCCAUUCCUUUGCUAAAUGGAAGUAGAAAAGCCCCCUGUAUUGUUUAUGUACACCAGAUAGGAUUCCUGAUGUGCAUUUUUGACCAACAAAUUGACGAUUGUACUCUGGAAAAACUUCAAGGUUUUGAAUUUGCAUUUUCAGAAGAUGGCGAUGAGAAGAAAUUCUUCUAUCAUACUGCAAAGACCAGGGAGUUGGACAACCUUCUUGGAGAUAUCUAUCAUAAAAUUCUUGAUAUGGAGAGGGCAAUUGUUAGGGAUUUGGUGUCUCGUGUGCUUCAAUUUGCUCCUCAACUAAUUAGGGCUGUAGAUUUUGCAGCAGAACUUGACUGCCUUUUGUCAUUAUCGCUGGUUGCUCUUCAAAACAAUUAUGUGAGACCCAUUUUGACUGAAGAUUCAUUGAUUGAUAUACAAAAUGGCAGACAUGUUUUACAAGAAAUGACAGUGGACACUUUUGUUCCAAACGACACAAAAAUUCUCAAUGAUGGUAGAAUAAACAUCAUAACUGGCCCUAAUUUUUCAGGGAAAAGCAUCUAUGUUAAACAGGUGGCUUUGAUUGUUUUCCUUUCUCAUGUUGGAAGUUUUGUACCAGCAGAUGCGGCUAUUGUGGGGAUGACCGAUAGGAUAUUUUGUGCAAUGGGAAGCAAGUUUAUGACUGCUGAACAGUCAACAUUUAUGAUUGAUCUUCAUCAAGUAGGGAUGAUGCUUCGGCAUGCAACAUCGCGUUCUUUGUGUUUGUUGGAUGAAUUUGGGAAAGGCACUCUUACAGAAGAUGGCAUUGGGCUGCUGGGAGGAGCUAUAAAUCAUUUUGUUAGCUGUGAAUAUCCUCCAAUGGUUCUAUUGUGUACACACUUGGUGGAGAUUUUUAAUGGGUGUUACCUACCUAAGUCUGAGAAUAUCAAGGUUUACACCAUGAGCAUUCUACGACCUGACAACAACUGCACAAAUAUUGAGGACAUCAUCUUCUUAUACAGGCUUGUGCCUGGACACUCACUUCUGAGCUAUGGAUUGCAUUGUGCACGACUUGCUGGUGUGCCUGAAGAGGUGGUUGAACGGGCCAGUUUAAUUUUGGAAACAGCGAAGUUGAAUAAGCCAAUAGACCGAUUGCUCGGCCAAAACAUUUUGGCUAAAGAUCAGCAAUACAAGGAUGCUGUUGAGAAGAUGCUGACUUUUGAUGCUCAGAAAGGUGAUCUCAACCUGUUCUUUCAAGAAAUUUUCCCUCCAGAGCCCUAGUCCCGUGUCUAAUAUUUUCAAGUGGCUGCGAUAAGUUGUAAAAAUUACUUACACGCUAGCUGUUUGGUAGAAAAUAUAUCGUUCAAUAUGUAAUUUCAUUCCAGUUUAUUUGAAGCCAGGAAGUUUUUUUAUUGUUUGGAUACCAGAUGAUGAAUUUCCCUGAUAUAUGGGCCGGA